GUUAUAUGUCACCGGCAACCCGGAAUGAAAAAUUAGUCGUGAUUUGUUAUGUGAGGGAUGGAGAGACGCCGCUACCGGUUUAUAUUGUGAAGAAAUCUGCGGGAGGAUUGGGCAGGACCCAGAGCACCGUCGUUGUGCCUCUACUCACUGAUACAUGAGCGAGACAAUGAGCAGAAGAUCCUGGAACUCAUCACUAAGCUCCUUCAGCUGCUGACUGGAGAGAUUUAUCACCCGAAGGAAUGGACUCCCAGUUUCCCACGCCAGGUUUAACAAAUGAAAAUCACAGUGUUAUUGGGGAUAAACAGGAAGAGAAAUUCCCAACCGCGUGCAACAUAAACAGUAAUAUUUGUGUUGAAAAUGUGACCGAGGAAUUUGUGGCAAAUCCGCAAGGUACGAUUAAGGAAGAAUCUGAAGAGAAUGUGACGGACAGUGAAAUGUAUAACGAUUAUUCGCAAUUUCACAUUAAGGAGGAAUCCGUCUCAAGUGCGGACGGAAACCUCACAGAUACGGAGCUUGAUACACCCACAGAUCACACACAGUAUUCAUCUACCCCUAUUAAGGGGGAAUCGUGUGAUGGAGGAGACCUCACAGACACUGACACUUGCACACCCACAGAAGAUGCACAGUAUUCAACUAUUCUUAUUAAUAUAAAGGGGGAAUCUUUAUUACCGGAAGAAGAAAGUUCUGCAGACCCGGACAUUUGUUCACCAGCAGAACAUAAAGCUACUGACGUAGAGGCAGAAGACACCUCUGAAGAAGAAGAAAAUCUCACUGAGGUAUGUAUACCCACAGAUCCUACAGAGACGCAGUUCACAUCGAUUCAUAUUAAGGAGGAAUCGGUCUCAAGUGUAGAAGACCUUGCAGACACUGACGGUUAUUCCUCUACUGAUAACACGCAGGCGCAGCAUGCAUCUACUCGUGUCAAUGAGGGAUCGGUAUCGUGCCAAAGUACAGGGAAGCCAUUUACCUGUAAUGAGUGCGGAAAACAUUUCUCCCUGGAGUCCAGACUCGUUUCACACCAGAAAAGCCACACAAUAGAAAAACCAUUCCCUUGCUCCGAAUGUGGACAGUGUUUCAGCACCAAGCCCAUCCUCGCCGCGCACCAGCGCAUCCACACCGGCGAGAAGCCCUUUGCGUGCCCGGAGUGCGCCGAGCGCUUCUCCUGCAGGUCCAACCUGAACGUCCACCGGAUGAAACACACAGGAGAGAAGCCGUUCACCUGCCCGGAAUGCGGGAAAGGUUUUGCUGUCAAGGCGGAGUUCAGCAGGCAUUUAAACACGCACACGGGGGAGAAACCGUUUUUCUGCGCCGAAUGUGGGAACUUUUUUGCCUCCAUGGCAAAUCUGAUCAAACACCAGAGAAUUCACACGGGCGAGAAGCCCUACUGCUGCUCGGACUGCGGGAAAUGUUAUACCUUGAAAGUAACGCUCGACAGGCACAAACAAACCCACACGGGCGAGAAGCCGUAUCUGUGCCCCAAGUGCGGGAAAGGGUUCUCCCGUAAAACCAUCCUGACCGACCACCAGCGCAUCCACACAGGGGAGAAGCCCUUCUGCUGCGACGAGUGUGGCAAAAGUUUUUUUGGAAGGUCAGGCCUCGCCCAUCAUCAAAAAAAGCACACAGGGAUCAGACCCUUUCCCUGCCCUGAAUGUGGCAAAUGUUUUAUGAACAAAUCGGACGUGACCAUACAUCAAAAGUGCCACUCGAAUGAAAAGCCGUACUCGUGCCCGGAAUGUGGUAAGUGUUACGCCAGUAAGUCCUACGUAGGUGAACACAUGAAAACCCACAGAGGGGAGAAACCGUUUUCUUGCUCUGAGUGCGGGAAAAGUUUUACAAGGAAAGCGUAUCUGUACAACCACCAGAAGACUCACAAUGGGGAAAAAUCCCACUGCUGCAAUGUCUGCGGGAAGUGUUUCCUUCAUAAAUCGGAUCUGGCGAUACACCAGCACAGACACACGGGAGAGAAGCCCUACGAGUGUUUCGUGUGUGGGAAAUGUUUUGCCGUCAAAUCCGGCCUCAUUCUUCAUCAGAAAGUUCACAACAAGAUAGAAGCUAUAGUGGUGUCCUGAAUGCGGAAUAUAGUCUAAUCAUAAUAGAAGAACAAUUAUUAUAACUUUUCCAGGAUAAAGAAUAAAUAUGUAUGUAUGUAUACAGUCUGUAUGUGUAUAUAUAUAUAUAUAUAUAUAUAUUAGAACUGUGCAAAAGUUUUAGGCAGGUGUGAAAAAAAUGGCGCAAAGUACGGAUGCUUUCAAAAAUAGAAGUGUUAAUGGUUUAUUUUGAUCAAUUAUCAAAAUGCAAAGUCAAUGAACAGAAGAGAAAUCUAAAUCACCCUUUACAUUGAAAACAGCAUCAAUUCUUCUAGGUACACUUGCACACAGUUUUUGAAGGAACUCUGCAGGGAGGUUGUUCCAAACAUCUUGGAGAACUAACCACAGAUUGGUUCAGUAUAAAUGACCGGCGGCUGGGAUGCGAGCACAGUGGCUUGCUGUGCUCGCUACAGGUAAUGGGGGUAAUUUCAAGUU